AUGGAUUUCAAAAUCCGCGCUGGGACCAAAGAUGACUGCAAAGACAUGUCAAGGAUGAUAAAGGAGCUGGCUGUUUUUGAAAAAAAGGGCCUGGACGAGGUGAAGACUUCCCAUGAAGAACUGGAGAAGGACGGGUUCUGCCAGAAUCCCUUCUUUGAAUUUCUCGUUGCAGAAGUUCCUGAGGAGCAUAAAUCCAAAGAGGGAUUCAGAGUUGUCGGCUACACCCUUUACUAUUACACCUUCAGUACAUGGAAGGGUCGGGCGAUGUAUAUGGAAGACCUGUAUGUGAUGGAAGAAUUCAGAGGAAAGGGUAUUGGCGGGGGUCUAAUGAGCAAAGUGGCAGAGAUGGGGAAAAAGAAUCUGUGCGUGCGGUUGCAGUUUUCCGUGUCUGACUGGAAUACUCCUGCUAGAGAGUUCUAUGCUGCUAAAGGAGCUCAGGACAUCACUGAGAAGGACGGCUGGCACUUUAUUCGUUUUGAAGGACAGGAGUUCGACGAUUUAGCAGAAAGUGCACCUAAAGAUUAGUUGUUUUAC